ACGUCCGCCGAACUUGAACACACAAGGAGGAAUAUGCCGUGAACAAGAAACGGUAGUCGGCAUUUUAGACACGUAUAUUUUACAGACCCAAAAUAUGCCUUAUUUCUUUGUAUUAUAGCUAAUUAUGGUAUAAAUAAUUAAUUAAUUACUUUGCAAUUUUGCUUCUAAUACUAUUAUAGUUGUAUUUUAAUGAAACAUAAUAGUAUUAAAACGGUUUUCUUCUUUUGAAAAAAUUUAUUGCUAGUCCUGUUUCUAAUCGACUUUACUUGUGUAUUUUAAGCUUUUUUGUUGCUGUGCUUUUUCUGGAGAUUUUAGUUGGAUUGGAAAGCUCCUGUGUAAGGUACCCUUUCCUAAAGAAAAAUUGAAGUAAUUUGUACAAUUAUAACGCGCCGAGCUGUGUUUUAUUUUAUUGUUUCUAAGAGGAUGUAAGAAUACAAUAUUAUCAAUUUUAAUUGGUUUUAUCCAAAUCAAGAUUGUGUACAAUGGGAGUGAGUGAUGUAAUCUUCUAAUGCGUGUGGUGAAAAGAAGGCGAAUCCGUUAUUGUUUUUCUGCCCAAAUUUGAAGCUAUUUAAUAAAUCUUGAUAAAGUUAAAAAACUGUUUUGAUUUGUUUGUUUUUGUUUUAAUUGUUUCCCGUGAGUUUUCGAAAUUCGUUCCAGCAGAUUCUGUGGCUUCUACUGCUGGUAUUUUUACGUGAAAAAAAUAUGUUUUGUUGUGAGGUCAUUUGCGAAAUCGUUAACGUUAGGACCAACUUCUGCGGGUAGUACAACUCGAUGUAUCACAUAUCUUUUGGAAUACUGCUAAAAGUGUACUUUUGUAUUGCGCUCUUAACUUUUACCAUUCUGUGGGAAAAGGCGGUACAAAAUUUUAACACGCGUUAUUCGUUUUUGUUAGUUUCGCGUAAUCUAAUUUUCUCGCACAUUUUGAAAAGAAUAUCCCACGCACAUCAAAUACUCGCGCAGUCUAUUCGCAAAAAAAUUGUUUUUGAGCAACGAAUUGUUCCGCAGAGCGUUCAUUUUCCUACCUCGUCCCCAGGGUUCUUCUACAUGAUAUUCAAUUUUGAUGUAUUUCGGAAGAUGUUAGCGCCAAUUAGACAAGAAGCGCUAGGGACAAAGUAUUGGAUAGUUUAAUUUUGCUUGCAACUUGCGAAAUGCUUCGCAACCUUUUUUUUAAUUUCUAGAAUUUUUGAUUAUAUAAUCUGUGCACUUGUUCUCUAUGAGGCUCGAAACAAUCUGUCUAAAACUGCUGAACUUUGUAAAGAAUUGAAGAAGAACUUUGGUGGUGUAGACUAGAUGCGCCAGUAACUCAAAUAUCAAGGUGAGAUAAGGUCCAUACUUAUUUUUUCUUUUAGAACAAAUACUUUUCCAUCAUUCAAUCUAAAUUUAAUCAUUUUAUUUUGAUGGGGUUUCAAAAUAUGACCUUCCGAAGUACCACCCACACAGAAUUUCCUAAAUUUUCACAAAAUUCCAAGUGAAAAAAAGCAGUGCGGGAAAGAUUUUCUGUCUUUGAAAAUUUCGGCAGAUAAUCUUCAAAGUAUCCAUCAACAUUUAAAAAAAAUCUUGGGAUUCUGAGUGCUUGUAUACAUAACCUUACAUUUAAAUAUGGUCGAUUUUCGAAAAAAAUGCAUGCAAGUAAUUUUUUUGAGGAUUUUGAUGUCUCGUUUACCCAAAUAUCAAAGUGUAAAAAGGUCUAUACUUUUUUUUCUUUUAAAACUAAUAAUUUUCCAUCAUUUAACUUAAACUUAAUCAUUUUAUUUUUAUGGGGUUUCAAAAUUUGACCUUCCAAAGUAUUGCCUGGACAGAAAUUGCAAAAUUUUCACAAAAUUUGGGAGAAAAAAAAGUACUGCAAGAAAUAAUUUUCAGUUUGGAAAAUUUAAUAAGAUAAUCUUUAUGAGGCGCCAUAGCGGACAAAAGUAAGACAUUUUAUUUUGUGGUGCCCAAUAUUAUUUUUAUGCCAAAGGUUUUUUUUUACGGCAUGAUUUUUUUACGAUAUAAAAUAUUUUUAUUAUGUUAGAAUUUUUUUUUUACUGUUAUGAAUUUUUUUUUGCGUUAUGACUUUUUUAUAGCACAAUCAUGUAUUAUUUUUGUAUGACUUAUUUUUUAUGAAGUAAAAUGUUAGCUCUGAACAUAUGUUGUUUGUUAUUGAAGCAAUAAUGGAGCUUGAUGAUGAACUGCUCUUUGUUCCGCGCUGUUUCUGGUGAAAUUGUAAACGCUCAGCAUUCCUUGUCAUCAGAUAAUUCCGAUUCUGUUGAAUUUUGCCACCUAAGAAUCGAGAACAGCAUAUCCUUCUUGGGAACACUGAUGCAUCAAUUUGCAGAUAAUAUAGAUGUUUAUAAUGAAAUAGAACACCUGAAAAAUGAAGCAGAAAGAAUCAAAGUUCAAUUGGAUUUCUUUUUAAUGGGAAUUGCAGUAACACACAGUGGAGAAGACUGUUAUGACAUUAACUGGCGGUAGACCUAGAAAAGAUGUUUCUAAGAAUGUCAUUCAACAUCUCUUUGAUUUAUAUAAGAGUUGGAAAGUUGUAUCUCAGAUCUUGCAAAUAUUUGAUAGAACGUUAAGGAGAAGACGAUUGGAAUAUGGAAUGUUAAUUUCCAAUACAAGUGGUCCAAGAAACUUUUACCACCAGGUUGAUUCAGAACAAUUAAACGACGCUGUCCGCACUAUACUGGAUAGAGUUCCAGAUGCUGGUGAAACAAUGGUCAUCAGUGCUCUUCGUACAUUUAUGUGCAAAGAAGGAAAGUACGCGAUGCUAUUAUGGAAGUUGAAUCAAUAAAUAGAUUAUUGCGAAGGAGAAUUACCAUUAGAGACUACAAUGUAAAACACCCAAAUGCUUUAUGGUAGGGUUUGUUUUUUUCUUAGAUAUAAAAAUUGAUUUCUCUUGUUCAGGCAAUGUUUUACCAUUUAGGCACAUAGACGGCCAUCAUAAGCUUAUACGCUGGCGCUUUGUUAUUCAUGGCGGCAUUGAUGGAUUCAGCAGAAAGAUUGUUUACUUAAGGUGCACCGGGAAUAACAAGUCGGACACCGUUUUGGAGCUAUUCCAAAGUGCUGUAAACGAACAUGGAUUACCAUCUCGUGUGCGUAGUGAUAUGGGAGUUAAAAAUGUUCCUGUUUCUCGAUUUAUGAUAACAAGAAAAGGUUUAAACCGCGCUAGCAUGAUUGUUGGCUCAUCUGUACAUAAUCAACGUAUAGAGAGAUUGUGGCUUGAUGUUAAACGCUUGGUAGUUCGUUACUAUAGUGGAAUAUUUUAAACGAUGGAAAGCAUGGGAUUUCUCGAUUGUUUAAAGGAACACCAAUUGUUUGCGCUGCAUAUGGUUUUUUUACCGUUAAUUAACGAGUCUCUCGCUGAACUUAUUAAUGACUGGAACAAUCAUCCACUAAGUUCUGCUAGAAAUAUUUCUCCUAAUCAGAUGUGGCAUUUGGGCAUGCAAGAGAUCUUUAACUCUGACACUUCUAGUUUCGACCAUUUAAUCAAUAGCGAGUUGGAAAAUUUCGGUGUGAUAGAGGAGGGCACACAUGGUACUGAAGAAAAUGAAGCAGUCGUGGUACUAGAGAUUGAUCACUUGAUAACUGAAGACACACGUCAUGAAUUAACACAAUAUAUUUCCCAGCAUAGACAAAAUAUAUAUAGACAAAAUAUGGUGGAUGUUUAUCUACAUGUAUUAAACGAAAUAAACGGACACUAAAAGCACCAGACACAGUAAAAACAAAAUUAACAAAUAAUUUCCAGAUUUGUCUAAAUCUGGAAAUCUGGAUUUGAACUAACCUUAUAAGAGUCAAAGUAAGACAAAAAUUAUUGGGAUAAAUUCCACAUAAGAAAAAACAUGCGUUAAAACUUUGGAUAAAAAAUUGUCUUAAGGAUGCCUCCACAAACAUAGUAAAACAUAACUUUCGAAA